AGAUCUGCAUCAGAAUUGUCUCAACAUGGGCGAUAAUACAGCUUCUCCGCAACUAUCGGAUGAGGUUGAGGCUAGAAAAGCGUUAAUACUUAGGAAUCUGCAGGAAGCUCUAGGUGUUGAGAAGCUUGAGAAACAGCUAGCUACGCCCGGCAAACUUGUCCACGUUUACUGGGGUACUGCCACGACAGGACGGCCUCAUGUUGGGUAUUUUGUCCCUAUGAGGAAAAUUGCUGACUUUCUGAAAGCUGGCUUGAAAGUAACUGUUCUAUUUGCGGAUCUACACGCAUUCUUGGACAAUAUGAAAAGCACUUGGGAGCUGCUAGAAAAUCGGGUAAUUUACUACGAAUGUGUGAUCAGAGCACUGCUACUAGCCUUAGAUGUUCCCAUUGGUCAACUACAUUUCGUAAGGGGAACUAGCUAUCAGCUUUCCAAAGAAUAUACGUUUGAUGUGUUGCGGUUAUGUGGACAGGUUUCACAGCGCGACGCCCUUAGGGCUGGAGCUGAAGUUGUCAAGCAGGUUGAAUCGCCUCUCCUUUCUGGUUUACUUUACCCACUUCUUCAGGCACUUGAUGAACAGUAUCUCAAGGUGGAUGGUCAGUUUGGUGGAGUCGAUCAAAGAAAAAUAUUCAUUUUGGCGGAGGAACAGUUACCCAAGUUGAAACUCGGAAAGAGAUGGCAUCUGAUGAACCCAAUGGUGCCUGGUUUGACAGGAUCUAAAAUGAGCAGUUCUGAAGCUGACUCGAAAAUUGACCUGCUCGACAUGAGUGACUUAGUGGAGCGAAAAAUUCGUGGUGCUGUUUGUCCUCGGCAGGAGGAAGAUAACGGAGUUCUAGCGUUUCUGAAAUCUGUGCUUUUCCCUAUUGUUAGCCCUCAGUCUUUGACAAUCUCAAAUACUGAGUAUUACUCUUAUGAGGAAGUAAAAGAAGCAUUUUUGAAAGGUGCCCUAUCAGAAGACGAUCUGAAGAAAGUUCUUGCUGAAUUCCUCAACGAACUGCUUGCGAAGGUACAAGACCACUGCAGUACUGACAUCGUGCGCAACGCUUUGGAGAAAGGUUACCAAGAGGUAGUAGAGUCCAAAGUGGAGUCCAAUCUCCGACCGAUUGUGGAGCCCAGUGAUAACGACGCCGAUCUCAUAAGAAGUAUAGUCGGAUCCGAUCAGGUUGUCCUAGGCGAGGACUAUGCAUUGCGUUUGUGCUUAUCUGAAAGGAGACGUUUACGUGUAACGUUUGCCAUUCAUCCGAAAGGUCGCUUUCACCUAGGAUUUGUCAUGGGGUUACUGAAAAUGAAGUCAUUGGUUAUGAGUGGUGUUGAUAUUGACGGGAUUGUUUUAAUAUCGGACACAGAAGCCUUUCUUGAUAAUGAAAAGGUGGCCUGGGCUACGCGAAACGAUCGUAGCGAGUACUUUGUCGAGGUGUGUUCUGCUUUCAUCAAAUGUCUAGAGUUAGAUGGGAAAGUAAAAGCCAUGAAAUCAUCUGAUUUGGAGUCCAUCUUCUCACACGACUAUGUAUUGACUAUGUAUAAAAUGGCUUCGAUUGUUACAAGAGAUGAGACAUCUGUUUGCGAAGGGACAACACUAGCUGGCAAUCUUGUUCCUCUAUUUUAUGCCUUAAAUCAUCACCUACUGAAGUCCGACGUUGUCCUCCUUGGCGAAGACUGCAUCCCAAUAGCAAAUCUUGCUACCAAGCUCUGGGCUAGUCAAGGUUUCGUGCCACCUACACAGAUAGCUUUCCCCACCUUGCCUGGAUGUGAUGGGAAGAAGAUGGGUUGUUCUUCACCUGAUUUUCUUCUUGAUCCUCUAGAAACACCAAAACAAACAAAAACGAAGUUGGGAAGGUCUUUUUGUGAACCGCAGAAUUUACAAGGAAACGUUGCCAUGACCAUCGCAAAACAGCUGGUCUUCCCUUUGUUGUCAGGAUCAAGUCUCGAUAUCAAUCGUAAUGAAGACAACGGAGGAAACAUAAGUGUGAAGACCUAUAAAGAAUUGGAAUAUGAAUUUUUGAUAGGCUCAAAAACGGGUUUUCCACUUCAUCCAGGCGACUUGAAGAAUGCAGUAGUAUCAUUCAUCAAUGGUUCAGGAGUCACACCGCGCACCGUGGGCGCGACUAGGGGAGAAGGUGGCGGCUCAUACAUGCCUCGAUGCUAUAAGCAACCCGCGGCAGGAAUACUGGCUGGAGCUGACACUCGUGCUGCUUGUCAUGUUGCGGCACUUCGCAAAAAGUCCGCGCAAGACUUGAACCUGACCCGUGACCCUUAG